AGCCAGAGCGCCACCUAAAGGGAAACUGCACCACCCCACCCCGAGUGCGCAUGCGUCUUCCCGCCAAUGAAGUACCACCAGGAGGCCCGGUUGCUGGCCCUGCGCAUGUGCACCAGGCUCAAUGACAACCAAACCUUUCUAAGCGCCGGCCCUGUGGUCCUCCCCCCGCCCCCACCGCAGGGAGCUGGCACUCAGCAUGCUCCGGGCAGCCCGGGCAGCCUGGGGGGCCGGGUGGUGGGGCUGCCCCCGGCCCCCACUGAGGCCCUGGUCCUCCGAGGCUGCUUCCCGGCCCCACUCCUCCCUGAUCAUCAAGAUGGGGGAAUAUCGGAAGAUGUGGAAUCCCACGGAACCCCGGAACUGGGCCCAGCAGUAUCAAGAGCGCUUCAUCCCCUUCUCCAAGGACCAGCUGCUGCAGCUCCUCCUUCAGGAGUUUCACUCCAGCUCUUCUGCCAAAGCUGCACUUCUGGAGUUUGCAUCCCAGGUUGACUUAAGCAUUCUGUAUCAGUAUAACCGCAUCCUAACCCAGCUGCAGGCGCUGUAUGACCCCAUCAAUCCAGACCGGGAAAAUCUGGAUAAGCCCUCCCUCUCGGAUCCCCAGCGCCUGGCCAAAGAGCAGGAGGUUCUCAGGGCCCUGGAGCCGCUGCUGGAUCAGGCGAACUUCUCCCCGCUGUCGGAGGAUGCCCUGGCCUACGCCCUUGUUGUCCACCAUCCACAGGAUGAGGUUCAGGUAACCAUCAACCUGGACCAGUAUGAUUAUAUGCAGUUCUGGGCCCUGGGCCAGCGAGUAGGGCGGCUCCCCCGCAAGUCCAUGGUGGGCUCCGAACGGGGCUUCUUUACCAAGUCGCCUCCUGCAGAGCGGCGUUAUUUUAAGCGGGUGGUGGUGGCUGCCCGCACGAAGCGGGGUCACCUGGUGCUGAAGAGCUUCAAAGACACCCCCCUGGAGGGGCUGGAGCAGCUACUCCCAGUGGUGAAGGUGCGGACACCCACCCUGCAGCGGGCCCUGCUCAACGUGACCCUCCUGAUCUCGGGCCUGAUAUUCUUCGUCAAUGUGGGCAUGGUGCUCCUCUCCGCUCUCAAGGUGGCCACCUCCCUGUUCCUGCUGUUCUUUGCCGUCUUCAUGGCCCGCCGUGCUUCCAAGAUGUUUGGCCAGAAGCGAAAUCUCCAGGCCCUGGAGCUGGCCCACAUGCUCUACUUCCGGAGCACGUCCAACAAUUCGGAGCUGAUCACGGCCCUGGUGCUGCGGGCCCAGGAGGAGCACGCCAAGGAAGUGCUGCUGGCCCACAGCUUCAUGUCACGGAGGGAGCAUGGGCCUCCCCAGGAGAACGCUAGGUGGCUGCAGCGCUCGGUAGAGACCUGGCUCCUAGCCCGCACAGGCUGCGAAGUGACCUUCAACGGGGCCCGGGCCCUCAGCCACCUGGAAGCCCUGCCCCGCAACAUGCCCCCUGGCCCACCAGCCAAUCUGGGCAAAAGCCUCAGGCCCUUCCAGCCUGCCCAGCCUCCCGACAUCCAGCCAAGCAGAGAAUGAGCCGCCUCGCUGGCCUCCGGGAUGGCCGUGACUCCGAGCCAAAGGCUCCCCUCUUCCCCGGGGAUGAAGAGGGGCCGUGGCCCUGGCACAGCCCGGGGCCCCUUCUCCCUGCUGCCGCUGGCCUCUUGGGGAGGGAACUGCCCACAGCUUGUGGGCCUGUGCCAGCGCCACCAUCUUCCCCAGACUGAUACCCACGUCUGCCGCGCUACCUCUGACUCCAUCCUGCCCCACGUGCACUCCGGAUGUGCCCAUCUGCCCAGCUCCCCAAAGAAUAAACUGUUUACACCCCUCUAGGGGAAGGGCCCGGAGCCUCGGUGGGCAGGCGGGGUGCCUGGGGGCCACCAAGCCCUCCUGGCUCCCCUUCGCCCAGGACUGCGGCCACAGGAAGGACCACCGACGAGGAAAGCCUGCUGGGGUGGGGGGCCUCGCAAUGAUCAUGGGAGCCGCGGUUUAGACAAAGUUUACUCAGAGGUUACAAAGCGCUUUAACUGAUUAGAUCUCCUGUAUCGGA